AUGUCGAAGACCUUCACCCAAGCAGACGUCGCAUCGCACAACAAGCCCAACGAUCUCUACAUUAUUGUCGACGAGGAUGUCUACGACCUGACUGCGUUCCAAGAUGAGCAUCCUGGCGGAAAGAAAAUCCUCACCCGCGUAGCAGGCAAAGAUGCCUCGAAGCAGUUCUGGAAAUACCACAACGAAGGCAUACUCAAGAAAUACAAAGGCAAGCUGCAAGUCGGCUCUCUAAACACCAAAGCCGCGUCCGCGCCUCCGAAGGUGGAAGAGAAGAAGGAGCCCGUGAAGCCGAAGGCGGAGAGCGGGGCCGUGGUUCCUGUCCCUGCUGCUGCGCCGGACAGAGAGAUGUCAGAGGCUCUGGAGCCAUUUGGAGAUCUGAUCCCGUUCGCGGAUCCGAGUUGGUAUCAAGGCUACCACUCCCCCUACUUCAGCGAGACGCACGCCGCUCUGCGAGCUGAAAUCCGCGAAUGGGUCACCAACGAAAUCGAGCCCUUCGUCGGCGAAUGGGAUGAGGCGCGCAAGGUGCCAGACGAAAUCUACAAGCAGAUGGGCACGCGCGGAUACCUGGCUGGAUUGAUGGGAAUGCACUACCCCGCCGAGUACACCAAUAACCGCAUCAAGUCCGUUGCGCCCGAGAAAUGGGAUCUGUUCCACGAGUUGCUGCUCACGGACGAGCUCUCGCGCGCUGCCUCUGGCGGGUUUGUUUGGAACGUCAUUGGAGGAUUCGGCAUCGGUUGUCCGCCUCUUGUAAAGUUCGGCAAGAAGGAAUUGGUGAAGAGGAUCCUGCCCGAGAUCUUGAAUGGCGAUAAGAGGAUCUGUCUCGCGAUCACGGAGCCGGAUGCGGGCAGCGAUGUCGCGAAUCUAGGGUGCGAGGCCGUGUUGAGCGAGGAUGGGAAGCAUUAUAUUGUCAAUGGGGAGAAGAAGUGGAUUACGAAUGGAGUGUGGUGUGAUUACUUCACUACUGCUGUGCGUACUGGUACCAAGGAGAGCGGGAUGAAUGGUGUCUCUGUGCUCCUCAUCGAACGUUCAUUCGGCGGAGUUAGUACGCGGAAGAUGGACUGUCAGGGCGUGUGGUCGAGCGGCACGACGUACAUCACUUUCGAAGACGUGAAGGUCCCCGUUGAGAACUUGAUCGGAAAGGAGAAUCAGGGAUUCAAAGUGAUCAUGACGAACUUCAACCACGAACGCAUCGGUAUCAUCAUCCAAUGCAUCCGCUUCUCCCGCGUCUGCUACGAGGAAUCCAUAAAGUACGCCCACAAGCGCCGGACAUUCGGUAAGAAACUCAUCGAGCACCCGGUUAUCCGUCUCAAGCUCGCGCAUAUGGCGCGGCAAAUCGAAGCUUCCUACUCCUGGCUGGAGUCCCUCAUCCACCAAAUUUCCAACAUGCCGGAGCAAUUGGCGAUGUUGAGAUUGGGCGGCCCAAUCGCAGGCUUGAAGGCACAAGCAACGGUUACUUUUGAGUUCUGUGCUAGAGAGGCGAGUCAGAUUUUCGGAGGGUUGUCAUACAGCAGAGGGGGACAGGGAGGCAAGGUCGAGAGGCUGUAUAGAGAUGUGCGUGCGUAUGCUAUUCCUGGAGGAUCAGAGGAGAUUAUGUUGGAUUUGAGUAUUAGGCAGAGUUUGAGGGUGGGGAAGGUGCUGGGGAUGAAGCUGUAGGUGGCGGUUGGGCCGAGGACGAGUGAGAGACGAGCGAGGGACCUGGAUCAAGUCUUGGGUAAAGAAAAGGCGUGGUGCGGCAGGCAGAAUUGUACUUUAGAACGCUUUCCGUGGAUUUUCCUCGGGUGUCAGGCAAAGGAGAAUAGAAAUUCGUCCUCCAGGGACACCAUCUACUUGCUUCGAAGAAAACGUGAGCGGACUAAGUGAGUAUUGAGCUUCGUGGCAAGCCGACUGGUUCCCGCCCCCCUUCUGUUCUCAGAGAGUAG